CACACACACAGAGCACACAGAGUCUUCUGGAGUCUUCUGGAGUCGGUUCUGAGGUUCUGCCUGAAGGUCUGGAUCAUGGCAGAACCAGCUGCUGUUUUCUUGCUUUUCCUGCUGCACAACUGCUUCGCACAUGACGUGUUCAUGGACGGCCAGUCUGCCUCACAGGUUUUGGUGCGAAAUCGACGAGCCAAUCAGAUCUUUGAAGAGAUGAAACCUGGUAACCUGGAAAGAGAGUGUAUUGAAGAGAUAUGCGAUUAUGAAGAAGCCCGUGAGGUCUUCGAGCAGACGACACAAACUGAAAUGUUUUGGAAAAAAUUUGUGGACUGCAAAGGAACAAACACAGAACGGACACAUUCCAGCAUCAGUGUGAUCAGAGACUGUGUAGAAGGUCAGUGUAUCAGCGGUAAGGGACUCACCUAUGAAGGAAAUAUCAACAUUACACAGUCCGGAAGACAAUGUCAGUACUGGGGGUCCAACUUCCCUCAUCCCAUUAUAAGGGAGUAUAAUGCAUCGGAACCUGGCAGUAAGCUGAUCGAGAACUUCUGCCGGAACCCCAAUAACAGUGUAGAUGGACCCUGGUGCUUCACCCGAGACCCAACUGUGCCGAAAGAGACCUGCAGAGUACCCAUAUGUGGCAAAGCCUUUGUCCCGCCCACUGUCUCCCCCAAAAUCGUCAAAUCCAAAGACUGUUUGUCCAGCAAUGGCAUUGACUACGCAGGUGACUUGAGCGUCACACUGGGAGGUCACACCUGUCUGAGUUGGCAAUCGGCCCAGGCACAGGCCCUCAGCAUGGACAAAGACUUCAUCCCGGAGGUCACUUUGCAGGGUAACAAGUGCCGUAAUCCUGAUGAUGACCCCGAAGGCCCCUGGUGCUACGUGUUGAUUUCAGGAAACGUGACGGUCGACUACUGUGACCUAGAACUGUGUGAUGAUGACCCACUAACAGCACCGACAGAGACCGCGGGUCAGGGACGCACGGUCCUGACAGUCACCAAGAAAAACUUUUUCAAUCCUCAAACAUUUGGAGCAGGCGAGGCCGAUUGCGGCAUGCGCCCCAUGUUUGAGAAACUGGGGAAAGAGGAUGCCAAGGAGAAAGAACUGCUGGAGUCCUACAGAGGAGGUCGCAUCGUCGGGGGUGACAAAGCUGAAGAGGGUUCAGCACCAUGGCAGGUGAUGUUGUACAAGCGCUACCCCCAGGAGCUGCUCUGUGGCGCCAGUCUGAUCAGCGAUCAGUGGGUCCUGACUGCAGCCCACUGUAUCCUCUACCCUCCCUGGAACAAGAACUUCACCAUCACCGACUUACUGGUCCGACUUGGGAAACACAACAGGGCCCAGUUUGAACGCGGUAUCGAGAAGAUCGUGGCCAUUGAUGAGAUCAUCAUCCAUCCCAGGUACAACUGGAAGGUAAACCUGGACCGUGACAUUGCUCUGCUGCACCUGAGAAGACCGACUACCUUCACCGAACGGAUCCACCCGGUCUGCCUGCCCGACAAGAAGGUCAUCGGAACGCUGAUGUCUGAAGGCUUUAAGGGCCGAGUGUCCGGCUGGGGAAACCUGAAAGAAACCUGGAACCCAGCAGCUCGGAGCUUACCCGCAGUCCUCCAGCAAAUCAGUCUGCCCAUCGUGGACCAAGACAUGUGUCGGAGCUCCACCGCGGUCCCCAUCACAAUGAACAUGUUCUGUGCCGGUUUUAAACCCGAAGAUGCAAAACGUGGUGACGCCUGCGAAGGCGACAGCGGCGGGCCGUUUGUGAUGAAGAAUCCGGAGGAUAACCGCUGGUACCAGAUUGGCAUUGUGUCGUGGGGUGAAGGUUGUGACCGAGACGGAAAAUUCGGCUUCUACACUCACUUGUUCCGAAUGAAGAAGUGGAUUAGAAAAGUUAUCGAAAAAAAUGGAGGAGACGACGACUAGACGGGUAAAAAUACCCAAAAUGUUCAUUUUCUCUAAAGCAGGACA